AGUACUAAAAACCCCGCCAAAUUCACACAAACAUAAAAUUGGUUUUUUUUUUUUUUUUUCUGUAACCCUAGAUUACCAUUUCCCCAAAUUACUCUCGCACAAUGGCUUGGUAUGACGGGCUCGAAGAAACUCGUGUUCUUGUUGCUUCAUCAGAUUCUUCUGCUACUGGAGAUGACACUGGACGCUUGCUGCAACUUCGCCAUCCGAAAACCGGAGACAGUACAUCCUAUCUUCUGAUCAAUGGCGACCUUCAAGAACUUAACUGGUUUAAACAAUCGUACGGGUCUUGGUUCAUGGGAGAUUAUAUCUGCGAAGAUGGUGGUUUGUACACCGCUACACCAGUUGACCCAGUGUUCAUUCUAUUGCCGAUGUUUGAUCAAGCACGAAUGAAGAAUGGAAACGAUCCAGGAAAGUUUAGGCAACUUGAUGAGAUCAUUUACAUUCACGACUAUCCUGGAUACCGUUGUUUAUCAACAAUUGCCGAAAGUUCUAUGCAAAUAGUUUGUGAUUUUAAAGAGAUUGGAUCUACAAAGUUUUUUAGACUUAACGAUUCAAAGGUUUUAGCGUGGAUGCUGUGUAAGGUACAACAACUAAAGCAGACCCUUGUCAAACUCGAUAAAAACUACGCUGCUCGAAGCGAGAAGGAAAUCUUGGCUGAUGUGGUGAUGAUUUUGGGUGAAUAUCUGGCAGAUGACCCAUGGUAUAAGGUCCUAUGCGACAAUCUUAGGUUAAAUAUGGUUGAGGCCGUUGAUGUAUCAGACAUGAAAAUCGACUCGGUAGACACAAGUACUCCAUCUUCAUUUAAUCCCACCGUACAGGAACAGACAACGAAUGACAAGAGAGUUACGCGAAGUGCGAAGCCAAAUAAGAAGGCGAAAGUGGAGACGAAUUCACAUAGCAUUAAAGAUAUGUUUAGCAGGGCUUCAAGGAGGGGAAAAUGAGUGACCGGCAUCUUUAGAUCCAAACUAACUUGGUUUCUCACCAGGUUUCUAUUAUUUACGUCAUUUUUAACCCAGAGUUAUAGUAACACAGUUCGAAAGUUAGCAUGCGCGCUUGUAUUGUUUAUUGGGGUUUGUCAUAGUUAAUGGAAACAGUUUGAUGAUACUUGGCGCUUCAAGAAACUCAUCUAACGAAAUUGAAGAACAUUGUAUCGGGUGUAAUGAUUUGCGGGUUGUUUAGAGUUCGUAUCGUAUUAAAAGUUGAUAAUUAA